AUGGCUGAUUUACCCGAGAAGGACCUCCAAGAUGCUAGGGAGUUAUUUGCACUCUAUUCCACUGGUGAAGACGAGAAGAUUGAGGCUCGCUACAUUGGUGAUCUAGUUCGGGCCCUUGGUUUGGUGCCAACCGAGGCUCAAAUCGCGAAAUUUGGCUAUAAGGAUAAGCCUGCUGAACGAAUAAGUUUCGAGACCUUUUUGCCAAUCUUCCAAGGUUUAAUGAAAGAAAAGAGGCCAAACAAUCAAGAGGAAUUCAUCGAAGGUUUUAAAGUUUUCGAUAAGGAGUCAAAUGGCUUAAUCAGCGCUGCCGAAUUACGGCACCUACUUACUCAACUGGGCGAACGCCUCACGGAGAAAGAGGUGGACGCGCUAUUGGUUGGUAUGGAGGAUGGACAAGGUCAAGUCCCCUACGAAGCCUUCGUUCGUCGGAUUAUGGGUUGA